AUGUAUCCGACCUGUAUCCGACCUGUACCCGACCAGUAUAGUACCCGACCUGUAUCCGACCUGUACCCGACCUGUACCCGACCUGUACCCGACCUGAACCCGACCUGUAUCCGACCUGUACCCGACCUGUACCCGACCUCUAUCCGACCUGUACCCGACCUGUACCCAACCUGUAUCCGACCUCUAUCCGACCUGUACCCGACCUGUAUUCGACCUGUACCCGACUAUGUACCCGACCUGUAUCCGACCUGUACCCGACCUGUACCCGACCUGUACCCGACCUGUACCCGACCUGUACCCGACCUGUACCCGACCUGUACCCGACCUGUACCCGACCUGUACCCGACCAGUACCCGACCUGUACCCGACCUGUAUCCGACCUGUUCCCGACCUGUACCCGACCUGUAUCCGACCUGUACCCGACCUGUACCCGACCUCUAUUCGACCAUGUACCCGACCAUGUACCCAACCUGUACCCAACCUGUACCGGUGUACCCGACCUGUACCCGACCUGUACCCGACCAUGUAUCCGACCAUGUACCCGACCUGUACCCGACCUGUACCCGACCUGUACCCGACCAUGUACCCGACCUGUACCCGACCUGUACCCGACCUGUACCCGACCACGUACCCGACCAUGUACCCGACAUGUACCCGACCUGUACCCGACCUGUACCCGACCUGUACCGGGUACCCGACCUGUAUCCGACAUGUAUCCGACCUGUACCCGACCUGUACCCGACCUGUAUCCGACCAUGUACCCGACCUGUACCCGACCUGUAUCCGACCUGUAUCCGACUAUGUACCCGACCUGUACCCCAACAAAAGCCAGACUGCAGUCUGCACCUGUGUGUCAAGAUACCUUUAAAACUGAAAUGUUCACUUUUCAAAUCUACCUUUAAAGCCUCAAAAUAA